CCCAAAACAACGGGAGCGCUGAGCUCCAGCCUCCAGAGCCGGAGUGAGGGCACAGACUUCACGCAGCAGCCUCCUCCAGGAGCAGACCAGCAGCACCGCGAGGUCAGAGACGCAAGGCUAAAAGACAACUCUAUUUUUAUCACCUGGAAUACAGUCUAGCCUGAAGAGACUUUUAUUUUGAAGAGCUGAUUUGAGACUUUAAUUUUUAAACACUUUUUUAAAGCAAAAUGGACUCUCAGAAGGCAUUAUUAGUUUUAUGUUGCAUAUUUUUGUGCAUGGACACCUGUAUGAGCCAGAGAGACUGCACAGGUGUGGACUGUCCUCCUCAGCACACCUGCAUUGAGUCUGCUUUAGAAAAAGGCGCCUGCUGUCCCACCUGUACACAAAAGGGCUGCACCUGUGAGGGUUACCAGUACUAUGACUGCAUCCAAGCAGGCUUCAAGAGAGGGAAAGUCCCAGAAGGGGAGUCUUACUUUGUGGAUUUUGGAAGCACUGAAUGCUCCUGUCCCCAGGGAGGGGGGAAUAUUAGCUGCCGCUUUAUCCCCUGCCCUGAAAUUUCCCCCAACUGCAUUGAUAUUGCACAACCUGCUGAUGGAUGUCCUCAAUGUAGACGAAUCGGCUGUGCUCAUGGCAACAAGAAGUAUGAGGCGGGAAACUCGUUUCACUUGAAUAAAUGCCAGGUUUGCCACUGCCCACAUGAAGGUGGAAGGUUAAUGUGCUCACCUGUCCCCGGCUGUGACCGCCGCAGUUCUAAACCUGUGCGGGUUACGACCACUGAGAACAACAGCCCUUUGAGAGACAUUAACAGCCGUCAUGACAGGCAACAAACGACUCCUGUCAGACCAUUUUCUAAACUGGCACUAGGAAACACUCUACCACUGUACAAGCAGGACCCACCCAGUUCUGGCAGAGGGGAUUAUGACUACACUCUGGCACGGCCAACGUCUUCCACUGUCCAGGAUUUGGCCCAACCACUGGAAUCUACUACAGCACCACCAGCUUACCCAGAGUCAAGCUCCACUUCCUCCAGCUCCCAUGAUUACAGGAGACAGGAGCUGAGGGAAACACAGAAAAGCCCUCAUCAAGAGAGGAGCAGUGAAGCUGAGGACACACAUUACACAGAUCCAACCACUACGGGGGCUCAGAGUGAAACAUCAACAACAUUAACCACAACAGCUGAGGUGACCAUGGAGAACCAAAAGGAAGUUGCUGAGAGGACCAUACGACAUAACAGUGAGAGGAACACUUUAAGAGACACAGCACACUCAACCCGUGCUAACAAAGGAGCCAGACACUCAGGCCAUCACAAACAUAAUCAAGGCAGUCGCUCUGGGAGUCAUGGUGGGUCCCGUUCUGCUGGCCAUAAAGAGCAAGAGAAAGUGCUUUCAGAGGGCAGACAGCCACCCAGUGGAGGGGAGCAGGGAUCGAACCCAAUGAUACAGUUCAGCCCCACUGACAGAGCUCCGGUCAGGAUGAAAGAGGACAGAGAGCAGCCUCAAAGACAACCCCAAACCCUGCACAACUACCACUCUCAGGACGCAGAGGAAGACGCUGAAUUGUCUUCCAAGGAGCUGAUGACGUCCUGCUGUGAGACAGGAGAGAAAUGGGCUUCGGCUAAUGGUCACUGCAACAACAUGGAGCCACCCACUAGAGAUAGGCACUCCAUAUGCUGGACUUCCCAACAACAGUGCUGCCUCGGUUCCAUGAGAGAAAGUCGGUGUUUGGCCGGAAUAAAUGCAGCCAGACAGGGUAAUACAUGUGGCGAUGCCAGCGAUAAAUGUGGGAUCAAUUCCUACGAGGAGUGCUGCGACUGCUGCUCUCUGGGGCUGCAGCUCCGCAGAGAGGGCCUUCACUGUGAAGCCCACCAGUACCUUGGCUUCCACUGCAGACAAGUCUUCCUAACCUGCUGCGAGGGGGAGGGGAGCAGAGCAGGGAGUCGAGACAGCUGGCACCCUGUCAGAGAGAGGCCUGCUGUCGACCCCACUGCACCGCCAAAAAAAGUGUCCGACAGUCCGUACCCUAAAGAAGCCUUCUCCAUUGGCGAGGAGCGGGACAGAGAGAAUGCGGUGGAGGUGGAGGUGGAGGACAUGGACGAGUGCCUGAUAUAUGAGGGCAACAUCUGCCACCACAGAUGUAUCAACACUCCAGGCUCCUUCCGCUGUGAGUGCUUCCCUGGGUACGUGCUGCAGGAGGAUGCUUCCACUUGUGCCCAAGAGACGACGGAUGAGGAUAACAGGCUGAACGAGGACGGCAGAGCGGCAGAGGAGCCCACUUCCACGCUACCGCCUCCUACUCAGCCUACUGUCCUACUCAACCCCUGUGAAGGGAACAGCCCAUGUGAGCAACACUGCACCUCAGUAGGGGCAAGGCCCCAGUGCUCUUGUUCCCCAGGAUUCUCCCUAAUGGCGAACGGACGCUCCUGUGAGGAUAUAAAUGAGUGUUUGUCUGCUCGUGCCUGCCAGCUGAAUGAGCGCUGCAUGAAUACUGCGGGGAGUUAUAUCUGUCAGAGACUGAUCACCUGUCCCCCGGGACACCGGAUCAACAACGACAUCUGUGAAGAUAUCAAUGAGUGUGUGCAGCAGAGUCAUAUCUGUGGCCCUGGCUUUGAGUGUGUGAACACAGAGGGCUCGUUCAGGUGCAACCCCACACCUGAGUGUGCAGUAGGUUUUAACCGGGACUCACAGGGUGGAUGUACAGAUGUUGAUGAGUGCAACGCUUUGGCCCAGCCGUGCAGUCCGGGAUCUAACUGCAUCAACACAGUUGGAUCGUUUAUGUGCCAGAGGAGGAUGAUAUGUAGCCGGGGCUAUCAUGCUAGUCCCGAUGGGUCCAGAUGCGUUGAUGUGGACGAGUGUCAGAGCAGUCUGCAUCGAUGUGGAGAAGGCCAGCUGUGCCACAAUCUGCCUGGUUCCUAUCGCUGUGAAUGCCAGACAGGCUAUCAGUUCGAUUCAUUCAGGAGGACUUGUGUAGAUGUAAACGAGUGCUGGCGCUACCCAGGCCGCCUGUGUGCCCAGACCUGCGAGAACACCCCAGGCUCAUAUGUAUGCACUUGUACCACUGGUUUCCGCUUAUCCGGUGAUGGCAAGAACUGCGAAGACGUGAAUGAGUGCUUGGCCAGCCCAUGCAGCCAGGAAUGUGCCAACAUGUACGGAUCCUACCAGUGCUACUGCAGACAGGGCUACUACCUGAGGGAAGACGGGCACACCUGUGAUGACAUUGAUGAAUGCACACAGAGUAUUGGUCAUCUUUGCACCUAUAAGUGUGUGAACGUUCCCGGGAGUUAUCAGUGUGCCUGCCCGGAAUAUGGAUAUACAAUGGCACCAAAUGGGCGCUCAUGCAGAGAUAUUGAUGAGUGCACCACAGGGGCCCAGAACUGCUCCCUAGCGCAGACCUGCUACAACAUCCAAGGAGGGUACCGCUGCCUUUCACUUGACUGUCCUCCAAACUACCGCAAAGUGUCCGACAUUCGCUGUGAGCGGAUCAGCUGCCCCGACUACCUGGACUGUCAAAACACUCCUCUGAGAAUCACAUACUACUACCUCAGCUUCCAGUCCAACAUCGUCAUCCCCGCGCAGAUCUUCCGCAUCGGACCGUCCCCUGCCUACUCCGGAGACAACGUCAUCGUCAGCAUCACGCAGGGAAACGAGGAAAACUACUUCAGCACCCGCAAGCUGAACGCCUACACGGGCGCCGUGUACCUGCAUCGACAGGUGGACAGUCCGAGGGAUUUCUUGAUCAAUGUGGAGAUGAAGCUUUGGAGACAGGGGACGUUCACCACGUUCCAUGCCAGGAUCUACGUCUUCAUCACGGCCAGCUCACUUUAACAGUUAGAGGGAGACUUUGGUUCAGUUCAUGAGGACUUUUCAUGUCACUAUUUAACAAGGUCAUAAAGUUCUGUCAUAAAAUAUACCACUCUUUGAUUUGUUUCUGUUCUUCCUUUUGCUUUCCCUCUAAUGUUAAACAAUUUAUAUUUUUCAUUUCUGAAAUGAAUUUUUAAAAUUGGUUUGCAUCGCUCACAAGAAUAAACGGAAAAUACUUUUAUAUUUCCAAAAACAACUCAGAAUCAAACGGAAUGACUUAGAGAAACAAAGAUAUUUAUUAUUAUACUGCUAUAAUGAAACAGUUUAGCAUUGUUUAUUUUCUUCUAUAUAUUUUUUGUCAUAAAGUCCCCCCUUUUUCUUCACACUCACACUUAUACCCUAGUUUUCUGCUCAUGUUAUCCUGUUAUCAAUGAUGGCAUGUAAGUAAAAAAACCUGUGGUGAAAGCAGAAGAAAAUGUUAUGCAGGAGAUUGCAUUACAGUACUUAAACUGCAUUACAGUGACUUUAUCUCUGUCUUCUGUCCUGUGCUGCUCUUCUUGUGUUGUCUUUGAAGUAUUUUAUAUUAUAUUAUUUUAUAUCACUCUACAUGGUGUAUUUUUUGUAUCAGGCACAUUAUAAAUGGAUGUAUCAUAUUCUUAAUGCUAGAUUCUUAUGCUUAAAAAAUAUUUUAGUAAAAUAUCCUAAAAGACUAA